UGUGGCGAUUGUCGGAUCUUAAACGUCAAUUAUUUUAACCUCAAAAUUAAGUGUCAAAACUGUCACGAGCUAAAAAUACUUAUUUUGCAUUAGUUGUUUAGCGAAACUCAAUGGAAAAAUCCGACGUGUCUUUAAAUGCAUUUACUUGCAUUACAUGUCACGUGGCUUUUAAAAAUGCGGAGCUCCAAAGGGAGCAUUAUAAAAGUGACUGGCAUCGCUACAAUCUAAAACGCAAAGUGUCUGAAUUACCGCCGAUAUCGGCGGAAGAUUUCCAACGUAAGGUGUACAUGCAGCGAAGUGUUGAAGAAGAAAAGAAACAAGAUAAAAGUGUGUAUUGCCAAAUCUGUAGAAAGUUAUUUGGGAAUCAAAAUGCAUACGACAACCAUUUAAAUUCCAAAAAACAUAAAGAUAACGAGAAAGACUACAUAGAAAGUGAUAAAGUACCAGAAGUUGAAGAAUCGGAUUCAGAGAUUGAAGAAGUGGAUUCAGAUGAAUGGAAUGAAGACUCUGAAAACCCGGUUGACAAUAACGACUGCAUCUUCUGUCUACAUCACAGCAAAAAUUUUAUGAAAAAUUUGGAACAUAUGACUGUGGCUCAUUCAUUUUUCAUUCCGGACGUCGAGUAUUGUACUGAUGUCCAUGGGCUGUUACAAUAUCUUGGCGAAAAAAUUUCAAACGGCUUCAUGUGUUUGUGGUGCAAUGAAAAAGGCCGUACGUUUUAUUCUGCUGAUGCUGCUAGAAAACAUAUGAUUGAUAAAGGCCACUGCAGAAUGCUUCAUGAAGGAGUAGCCUUGGCAGAAUAUGCAGAUUUUUAUGACUACUCAACGUCGUAUCCCGACGCUGAAAGUCAUACAAAUCCAGAUGAAGAAGUCGCUAUUCCAGAAUUGGACAGUACUGAGUAUCAGUUAGUCCUACCCUCGGGAGUUUCCGUAGGGCACAGAAGUCUUAUGAAAUAUUAUAAACAAAACAUCAGUCAUAAUGCAGUAGUUUCAAAACCUUCAAAGCUGCACAAAGUCUUGUCAUGUUAUAGAGCUUUGGGAUGGACUGAAACACAACAGGAAGCAGCAGCAAAAAAAGCAAGAGACUUGCACUACAUGAAGAGAAUGCAAGCCAAGUUUAACCUCUCGCUAGGAAUAAAAGGGAAUAAAUUGCAAAAACAUGUGAGACCGCAAGUGAAUUUUUAAUUUUUUGUUGAUAUUGUACAAAAUAAAGAACACAUAAAAAACUUUAUUUGGA